GGGCUGCUCUUACUUAGGACCUUGAUGGACACUGCAGAAUACCAAUGACACCACGCCAGUGAAUGACAGAAACCGCGUCGUGGUUUUCUUGUUUCCUCUUUCUUGCCAGUCCAACUUGCGAGUUCCAGCACGAAUUGCUCCUGUAAACAGCUUCGACUUAGUUUCCGUGGUCUACUUCUCGCCGAAGCCAUCACCAUUUCAGUGAUGCUGAAAAAAAGCACCAACAUCUGUCAACAAUCAGAAAACUGCAUAUAAAACCUCUACCAUGUGCGGAGACCAUCACUCCAGGGACGUCGCGGGCGGCGCUUUGGCAGUAAUGAGUCCGUCACCCUUCACAACCACUGCCUCCAUACCAAUGGCCGGCCGCCUCGUCUUCUACAACAGAACAGCCGAGAAUCCAAUCGCUACGCAUGCCAUGCUCACAGUCGACUCAUCUCGGCCCAGUACCAAGGAAUCCUUCCUAGUGAGAAUACAUGAGACCGGGGAUUUGACAAAACCCGCGUCGACAAGUCCUUCAUGGGCAUCAUUCACAUUGCAGCCCGUCAUUGGAGAGAGCACGAUCGACGAUAGAACGCAUGCGGGGUUAGAAUUAGGCCAGCCCUUCAAGAUAGAGGUUGGGAGUGAUGGUAUCAUUGGGCGCAGAGUAUCAGUCUGGACGCAGAAAGGCGUGGGUCCCAUCGCAGAAGGCAUCGUUGGAUACAACUAAUGAAGCGACCAUGUUAAAUGAGGGAGGGACGUCACGCCCGCUCACUGGUGUGCUCCCCUGCACUCAAUUCCAGAGUUGGCAUACUCCCUCCUUAGGCACCCUUUCAAGAAAACCUCUUCCAUUUAUCAUCUUCACGGACAGAGAGUCAGAUGUGUGUGAGCACUCCAUGUUUGGUCUAUGGAGCAGGUGGUGCAACCUCGCACAGUUGAAACACGGACAACAGCUAUAUACCUACUAUGUAAACAUACGACCCGCUGCUUUAUUCAAGGUUGAAUAAAUUAACUCCGACAACAAUUCGCUUGACAGCAAUCAGAGUCCAUGCUGGCGAGAGCUCCGACUCGGAAGACUAGCAUUAGAUAGUAGAAAUUGAUAGAGAGAGUUCGCCCCCGAAUACCUCACGCCCCUCGUUAUUGGCAGACAUCUAGAUUAAAACAUCCCUUGCAGCACUGCGUGAUUGGACCUCACGCGACUAUAGAUAUCGAAAUAAGCACAUUGUCUACAAACCCAAGGAAAGGAGACAAGUCACAUGUUCCUCGCUAAGCACACCUGACACAGUCCAGGUUUUCCGCGAAGCUUCCUAACCCCCUCCACACAUACGACAAGGCUGA